ACAGCGUCAUUGUCAUAUCUUGAAAAUUAGUACGGCAGUGCAGUGAACCCCGACGGUAAUUUGCCGAUUUUCCGUGAAAAUAUUACAGAAAAAGUCAAUGGUGAAGGCGUCACGGAUGCUGUCUGAGAAGUGCGUGCGAGUGUUGGGUGGAGGACUAGGAGAGAUGUCUGCUCUGAGUGUGCGGGCGCCGGCGACCACGGUGCUGGACACCCGGUCGCUGCGCGUGCGCGGCGUCACUGCUCUCGACGGCGUCAGGAGAAACCUCUUCGGAUGUACUGACAGAGAAGAAAACAGGCGAUUCGUGGAGAGAGAGUUGGCGAGGCAACUGGAGCUCGACAGCCAACGAUGGGGCUUCGAUUUCGCGAAUGAGAAGCCCUUGCCUGGAGCGCAGAGGUUCGCCUGGCAGUUGGUACCAGCGUCGACAGUGCCUGCAGCGUUAAGACGAUCACCCAUCACGAUAACCACCCCGAAGCCCAUAACGCCUACUCAAGACAACAAAAUAUCCAGUCCAGAGACUAAUAAGACGCAGAAGAGAAUAACAGAUUUCCUGAAGCCCCGCAAGCGGUUAUCAACGUCUGGCAAGAAGUCGCCGGCGCACCACAAGCACGAGUGCGGGCACGGCGGUGCGCACAUCCGCCCGCCGAAGGUGGCGCGCCUCGCACAGACACACUGCAAGCGCAACAGCUAGACCGCGCCGCGCACACGCAACACCACACACCACCCUGCUCAGAAAGAACUAUACAUUGUCCAGAAAUACACUUCCUGGCAGCUACGACAAAUCUAAACCAACAUCGAUCAUGUUUGAGACACCACUCGUCAUGUCAACAAUCGUUCACUUUGAGAGGGUCUAAGGCAAUUGUGCAAAUUUAAUUUUUAUUUCUUAAUUUAUUUUGAAUGUCGAUAACGCAUGCGUUAUGGAGAACAAUAUAAUAAUGUUAAGUAAUUUGUAAGAUAGUGUCCAGACAUUAUAUUAGCGUAACAUAUUGAGUAAUAUAUUCUCUGCUGUCCGAGUCACCUACAUCACAAAUUUUGCUCAACGCUCCACGUUAGAAAGCAGUUUUUGAAUAUUCAAUUAUACAUUCUCCUCUGGCAAUAUUUAUAAUGUGACAAUUAAUUAUAAGUUUAUUAUGAUCUCUUUGACAAGUAAAUUAAGUUAUAUUAGAUGUAGCGCUAGUUGGUAGUUCGGUUCUGUUAGAGUACGGUAUCGUCAGAUUAGUAUAGCACAGUCACAAGUCCACGACACGUCAGUCUCCUCGAAAAUGUUAAGGCGCUACAUUGGAAAUUAAAUUUCCUUCAGACGGCGUCGGAACAUUUUCGACGAUUUCAGAAUAUCACGUAUAAGGAAUGAUUUGUGUUUUUGCUCCGCCGUUUGCGGGAAAGAUGCAAGAUCAUUCCUUGUGCAACAAUCACACGCUAUUUGCACCUUUACCCUUGCAGAAAUACGCCUGAACACGCGUCACGACCGGCGGCCACGUCUGGUGUCGUGACUCAUGUCUCGGGGGCAGGCAGGCAAGCACAGCCAGAUAGUUUAAGCUAAAUACAAAUACUCAAUGACCACAUUUUUGUUACCUCACUAGUAACAGAAUAAUUUGCCAAUUUAUUUGAUAAUACACACGAGUACAACGUUUGAUAAAUGUUUGAGUAUUUGUGUUUGAAAAGUUCGUACUAUUUCAAAUUAGUAUAUUUGUUUUGUUGUUGUAUUUUAAUGGAUUAUAUCUUUAUGAUUAUAUUGACGAUUGUUUUCUUUAAAUAUUGGAUUUCUAAAACAUUUAGUUGUAGUUGUUUCAAUGCAAAUGAUUUGCGGCGAAGUUAAUGUAACAGUGGUGACAUAUCAUGUGACGGUAAUUAGUUGAUCCCAACUGUGGCCCUUUAUUAAAGUACAAAUUAAAUUCUCGUCGGUUUAGGUCGAAGGGCCCCAGUCCCCAAUUUGAAACAAAAAGACAGACAGCAAUCAUUUUCAUUGCAUUCAUAUUUUAUGUUUAGUUGUCUAACAUUAUUUGGUAGGAUGUUUUACAUUGAGACUCGUGUUUGAGGUACACAUUGUGUAUUUAAUUUACGUUUGUACAACGUUGGUUGUACUCAUAUAUGUUGGUACAAGCCAAAGUUUGUUCGUAUCUCUUGACUUCAAUGAAAUUUAUAAUGAACUUGUUUGAAAACUUGACAGAAAAUUAAGAGAACCAUAUUUAUAAGCCGCCUAUGAAGGCGCUCUUUUAUAGAAACUACGCGCGUAGUCGUUCGUAUACUUUAUGACUUGUUUAUAGAAUUUUUGACGUUGUCUUUGAUUUAUAUGAAUUGUGUAUUGUGUGGUGUCUCUGACAGACGCAUCGAGACGAGUAAUAUCUCCAAUUCUCCCGCGGAAAUCUUUGUGCAUUCAGUUUGAUUUACACAUACAAUAGUUGCCUAAAAAUAUUAUUUUCAGACAACUAUUUUAUAUAAGUUUUCUGUUGUACGGAUCAUCGAUGUCUUUCUCCGAAACACCACACUGGAAAUAUUUGAUAUAAUUUGUUAUUAUGUAAUUGAGAUGUAAUGUGCCAAAAAGCUCACAUACAAGCUCUAGCAGUCGACGCAAUGUUCGCGACGCGAUCCAAAUUGUAUAAUGUUCAUUUUAAACGCGCCUGAGCACAUUUCGAACUUGUAAUUUUAAUUUAAUUUCUCUUAACACCUGUGAUGUAUUAAAUAUGAUCUCAGAACAUAAUUUUACUAUAUGCCAUUGUCAUAUUUAAUAUUUGUUUAAAAUAGUGUUAGUUACAACAAGGAUGUUGGUCCGUUACGUAACUACAGUAAAACCGUAUCCCUGGCGAGCCUGCGAGACAAAUGGAUGAGAAAUAAUUUAAUACAUCAAAUGUUUAUUAUUUAAUGUGAAUAAGUGUGCAUAGAUAGAGUGUCUUUCUGUAGGAUUGUAAAUUUCGACUGAUAAGGAGUUGGUUGGUCCUGGCAUGUCCCGGCGACUACAGAAAGUGCCGGCGCCGCACUGUACAUACUGCACCCGUGUACCUAUACACCUGCGCCGGCGCACACGGCGAUGUCUUUGUAAGGGAUACACAAAAAUAUAUUUAAUAUAUAUUCGUAUGUUUAAUUAUCAUAUUCAUUGAGGCUGCAGAGGCAAUAUAAGAUUUUAGACCGUGCCAAUUAACGCUUCGUUCCAUACGAGUGUUUGUAAUGCAUUGUAAUAGUAGAUUAUAUAUUGAGCACACGCCUUCGACGUAACAUGCAGGAGUCCGUGUAAACUGGGCACCAAUGUUCAUUAUUUUUGCCCAAUUUACACAAGACGUCCUGAACUAAGCAACAAGUCGCGCUGCGGUGCAUUUGUGGCGUGACUGUUGCCACCCUGCUUUAUAAAUGUUGUGUAAAUAUUCGGCCAACACUGUCUAUUUCAUGUUCUAUAGUGUAUGAGUUCCAUAUUAUAUUGUCUAAUGUAUAAAACUUAAAUUUAGAUAAAAGCUUACUUCGUACAGUA